UUUUUUUUUUUUCAAGGAUUGGAAUUUCCUCUUGCUGAUGAUUGUUUUUUUCAUUUGGCAAUAGCGGGUGACUGGUUGCAGGGUCCAUAUGUUUACUACCUUUACACUACUUAUGGUUUUGGGAAGGGGGAAAUUGGACAGCUCUUUAUUGCAGGAUUUGGAUCUUCCAUGUUGUUUGGUACAAUUGUUGGAUCUCUAGCAGACAAACAAGGACGCAAGAGAGCUUGUGUGACUUAUUGCAUAACAUAUAUUUUGAGCUGCAUAACAAAGCACUCUUCUCAAUACAAAGUUCUUAUGCUAGGACGUAUUUUGGGUGGCAUUGCCACAUCUCUUUUGUUUUCGGCAUUCGAGUCAUGGCUUGUGGCAGAACACUUUAAGAGGAAUUUUGAUCAGCAAUGGCUCUCAUUAACUUUCUCUAAGGCAAUUUUUUUUGGAAAUGGUCUCGUUGCUAUUAUCUCUGGGUUGUUUGGAAAUCUGCUUGUUGAUACCUUUAGUCUUGGGCCAGUAUCACCCUUUGAUGCUGCUGCCUGCUUUCUAGCUGUUGGAAUGGCCAUAAUAUUAUCAUCAUGGAGUGAAAACUAUGGGGACCCGCCAGAGAACAAGGAUUUACUUGCUCAGUUCAAGGGUGCAGCUGUAGCAAUUGCCUCAGAUGAGAAGAUUGCUUUGCUGGGUGCAAUACAGUCUCUGUUUGAAGGUUCAAUGUAUACAUUUGUAUUUCUCUGGACACCUGCUCUGAGUCCAAAUGAUGAAGAUAUUCCCCAUGGUUUUAUUUUCGCUACUUUUAUGCUGGCUUCAAUGUUGGGAAGCUCAAUAGCAUCUCGUCUAUUAGCUCGCAACUCACCUAAAGUGGAGAGCUACAUGCAGAUUGUAUUUGUUAUUUCUUCUGCCUCUCUUAUGCUUCCAAUUGUGACCAGCUUCUUGGUCGCUCCAUUGAAGCUGAAGGGGGGUGGCAUCUCAUUUUCGGGCUGUCUCCAGGUUCUUGGCUUUUGCACUUUUGAGGCUUGUGUAGGGAUUUUCUGGCCAUCCAUUAUGAAGAUGAGAUCCCAAUAUGUCCCUGAGGAGGCUAGAAGCACCAUCAUGAACUUCUUCCGCAUCCCCCUAAACAUGUUUGUUUGCAUUGUUCUAUAUAAUGUUGAUGCAUUCCCCAUCACUGUUAUGUUUGGUAUGUGCUCAAUCUUCCUCUUUGUGGCAUCCAUUCUACAGAGACGUCUCUCGGCAAUUGCAGAUAAGCCAAAAACAGAAGAUCGGGCCAUGAUGAAGGAUAAGGAUGCCGAGGGUGAGCCACUAAAUGUUAUGUGAUCAAAUAUCUUCUCGUGCCAAAAAAAUUUCGAGGUUUGUUAACGACCACAUACGUUAUCUGCAACCCGGGUUUAUCUAUGGAGCACAAUUAAUUGACUGCUGCAAAAAUUACGACAUGAGUUGUUUACACUGCAAAGAAACAUACAUACAACGCAUAUAGAAAUAAUGCUAUAGUUUGUGUCUGUUGUUUACUCGGGAUGAAAACAAUAUAUAUUAGCAUUGAGUACCUAUGAAUCCCUAGUUUUGUACUGGGCAUUUAUCAUUUUUUGACCAUAUAUUCCUACUGUAAGAAUGAAAUGUCUAGUAAUAUUCUUUGAACUUUCUGCUGUAUUUUGAACUUGAGUGAAGAUUUUCUUGCUGCUUA